AUGUGGCAAAUGAACAUGAGAGCUAACAAAGCAAUGGAGCCCGGACCAUAUCCUCUGCGUCCAGGAGAGCCAGACUGUGCAUACUACAUUCGGACUGGCCUUUGUAGAUUUGGGAUGACGUGCAGAUUUAAUCACCCUCCUAAUAGGAAACUGGUAAAUGUUUUCUUUCUUUAUUUGUGCACAUUUAUAUAUAUCCACAGCUUCUUUUCACAGCCGUAUGAUGCAUCUUGCCUCUUUGGUUUCCAUGUUCAGUUAGUGUAACUUGUAAAAUUGUGUUCAUAUUCUUCUUUAAUUGUGGUUAUGACACAUUUUUGUCAGUUUCGCCUGGAAUUUUUUUUUUUUUUUUUUUUCUGUCACAUGUAAGUUAGAGUUAUAAAUAUGCAAGUGCAUUGGAGAUGGAAGGUUCACUUUUUUUUUCAUUUUGAUGGGAAUUUUGGAACGACGGUCGGUAUCGGAGUAAUAUUAUGUGGAAGAGACCCGUUUUUCAUGUUCUUUCUUAUUUCUGGUGUAAUCUUCCUCAAAGACUGCCUCCAAUAGAUGCCAAUGAGUGUUCGUUAUUGAUGGGAGAAAAGUAGUGGAUGAUACUCUCCAUGAGUCACUUAAGGUAGUAUCCCGUAUUCUGUCAAUUUAGGAGCUGAUUUUUCCUGUGACCAUCCAUCCGUUUCUGGAUAACUGAGCUUGAAGUCAUCAGAUCUAAGGUAGAUCAGCUGAUUUAUGGCAAUUUGACCCUGUUCAGUCUUUAUGGAGUUCCAUAAAUGGCGAAUCUUCUCCUGAUUCCACAAAGGCCCAGCUAAUGCACUUGUCCGUUCCAAUUCCUAAUAUCGUCCUAUUUUCGCAAAAAAUGUUAUUGCAAAGCUGGUAAACUUUGUUCUUCGAAGGUAUGGUGCGGAAGCUACCUAUAAAAGAGAAUGACUUAUGGUCUUGGAUAUAUUAUUCACACUUCUGUGGAUCCUCCUGGUGUUCACUGUGAAGAUGCACUUAUGACAUCGAAACAAAAUCCUCUGUUUCACAUUGGGUUUUGUCCACUGAUCUUGUGUGUACUUGCUUUGUGAGCAGGAAAAUGUGGAUAUUAGUGUGAAUAAGAUUCAUACUGGAGUGAGGAAGGCCUUGUUUAUGGGGAUAUUAAUCAUCAAAAGAGGAUGGAUUCAAAGGAGUUUUUUUGGUUGCUGGAGGAAAAUUCAUUUAAUUUUUUUCUUCUUGUUAACUCCAUCGGUGUACGUUUUCUGAUUGAAUAGGAUGUCAUUUCAGGUUUUUGAUUAGAAAAGUGUCUAGGCUCGGUCUGCUUGUUGGUUGUCUCAGGUAUCAAGUAUGCCGGUCUAGUUCUGUGGUAUAGAAAAUUAUAUCCUUUAUAUCCAUCAUUCUUUCUUUGUGAUUACAUUAUUUCGAUUCCCCUCCUUUUCUGCCUCUAGUUCUUCCUUUUCUCAGAAGAAAUCUUUCAUUGGUUUCCCCAUUGGAUACGAGUCCCAUACAUACAUCAGUUUUUCUUUGAUAUUAACCACUGCAAUGGCCGACACUUGGGCUGGGUCUUUGGGAUAGGGCCACACAAACAGAGACUACUCUACCACAAUAGUCAUGGAAAAGAGUAUACUGCUCUUUACUGCUCUUUUCGGAAGCCCCCCCAUCAUGGUUCUUCUUUUGUCUAACGGAGUCAGAUAGUUUCUUGGAUCUCUUCUUCUGACUUCCGUCAUGCAACAUGUUUUCUCUUUCUUUUUUCUUUGCUUUGAUGUUCUCUCCAAUUAUCACUAGCUUCUUGAAUUAUGCCUCGUCAUGACCAUCAUCUUGGAUUACAGAUGGAUCUCAGACCCUGGAAAUGGUCAGUGGAGAGGAUAUGGACUUCCAUAAGCCGUAGAAUGAAGAGUGGGUUUCAAGCUCUUGUAGUGAGAAAGGACAUGAUCUCGUCCUGGGUUGUUCUAUAUUGUUCUUUUGUAGACCAGAAAAUAUUCUCAUAUAGGGUCUUAACCAUACAUUUACACAUUCUAUUUUCUUGUACUCUAUACUUUCAAAAAUUGUUUGAUUAUCAUCAUUCAUGUAUUGUGACCAUUAUAAUUCCACUUUGCUGUUUAUUGGACGAGUAUUGACUGAUAUUUAUAUGCUCUACUUCAUUUUUUUAUUUGAACUAAGAGUCUCAAGAUUCCAGUUUCUUUAAUCUGUUGGCUUGUUAUUCCUUUUCUCUUGAAACGUCAUUUUCCACUUUGAUGAAACAGGCUAUGCAAGUAAGUGGAUGCUCAUCUUAGACAGACACGUUGCAUGAUAUAAGUGCCCAUGGUCGAUCUUUAUGGCCUUCCAUAAAAAAAAACUCGUAGAUAUCAACUAGUAAAUGGAAACAUCACCCUGGACUGCUUGGUCUUCUGAAUUCAAUACAAUGGAGCGCCCUAAACCCUGAACAGUUUAUCUAACAGCCAAUGUGGGUCAUCAUACCACUUUGGAGACAAAUAACUAACUGUGUUGCUUUAUCAAUUGGCACAUGGUCUUCCCCUUUCAACGAAUUUCAUCUGUUCAUAUGUUGUGAUGUACUUUAGUUUUAAAUUUCAAAUCAAUCAACUAGAUUUUCUCAACGAAUUUCAGGCUGCUGCUGCUGCUACUGCGAAAUUUAGCGGGGUAUAUCCCGAAAGGGUUGGCCAACCAGAGUGCCAGGUCAAUGCCUCAUCCUCUGCUCCUUUUCCAUCAUGCAUCUGCUGUUGGGAAUUCCAUUAGUAAUCAAGGGCUCAUCAUCCAUUGAGUCGUAUGAUGCAUAUCAUUGUAAAUCUUGUAGUAGGAAUUGAAAUGCCAGAUGAAUUUUUAUGUUUACUGUAAGAUGUGGAUUUACUUUAUAUGUCAAUACAGAUUCUCCCCAUUAGUAUUUUAGAGGUACCCUUGUUAGAAAAUGCUUGUUUUGGUGUCAAAUAUUUUUGUUGUCUGCUUGGGUCUUGAGAAAAUAGAUUAUUUCUUGGAUAACCAUGAUAUGAGACAGCUGGCAGCCUCAAUUUGUCCUGCCUAAUAUUUCAUAUUAUGGUAUACUGUGCCGGUGAAAGUUACAGUUGAAUGCACCUCAUUUGAAUUUUAAAACUGAAGAGUUGAGAGAGUGCCACAUUGUAUUUGCCAUUAGGUUUCUCAAUCGCCCCAACAAAACUAAUAGGGUUCACAUAUUCUGAUGGAGAUCCAAAUCAAGAUUUUAAGUAUUCUUGAGCCUGGGUGUCGGAUCAAGUGACAUCUCAGAUUAUAUAGCCUAUUGUGUUUUCUCUUCCUAGUAAGCUUUUUUGGUCAGUUUUAGUUUUUUUUUUUCUCCCUUCGCCAUGUAGGAGUCAUGUUUCUGCUUGGAUUCAUAGUGGCAGUUGGAUAUGAAAACGUGUGAAUCUUGAGAAUUACGGAGAAGCAUACAUCUCCUUGAUGAGAUGCAGUGAAUUAAGGGGGACUAAGAGCACAGACCAUGAACUAAAGUCCUGAAAUUUUGCAUGACAUGAAGUCUUUCAGAUGUUGGUGUCAUUCCUCUCUAGAUUAUGCGCUGCUUCCUUGUCUUUCUUGGGAAUGAAGAGAGGCUGUCUUCUCUUCUUCUUUCUUCCUUGUUGCUCUUGAUAGUUCAGUAUGGCAACGGAAACCCACAGUUUUGAUGUCAGAGGCAUGUAACGACGAAUAGAGUCAAUCUCAGGUAUGUUUCUGGGGGGACUUGGAGAAGACAUUGCCUUAUGUUGCCCUUGUAAGUUAGGUCCUGCUGGUGGUUUGCCAUGUCAGUUGCUCGAGAGAUUGGUGCAUCUGGUGGAUAAUUCCAAUGGAACUGAACUCUGGAAGAAAGCCUUCUUGUUCACCUUUUCUCGAUGGAAUUGGGUGGUACAGACUGAACAAUCACCGGAACCUGGACUGUACGCUGAAUCACUGGCCAUAUGCUUGCCAAAACUCAUGUGUGACUGAGGUAUGCUAUUUUUAGCCACUCUGAGAUCAGCCAGGCUGCUGCUACUGUCCCCUGCUACUGGCCAUAUGCAUCGUCAACCAGGCUAAUUUCCUGUCUUGUAUCACUGUCAUGUCUAUCAUCUGCUGCCUCAUUUCAGCAGUCAUGAUCCUACAAUACCAUAAAAACAGCACUGUCAUGGACAUUGACUGUACUGGUGUAUUAUGACACCACAUAUGUCUGCAUAUGGAAGCACUGCCACCAUUGAUUUGGAUCACUUCAACAUACAGUUGCUUACUCCUCACCAUGUCAGAAGUCCUUAAUCCCUGUUCUGCCUUUACCAUUGAUUUGGAUCACUCCACCCCACCCCAAAAGACAAAAAAAGAAAAGAGAAAAAAAAACUAGCCUUUGCCUUUACUCUUUUAAUAAGACCCAAAGCUAUACACAAACGUAGGUUAUUUCACUGCCUCUCUAACAUUGACCAUUAUAAGGCCCAAAUACUACUAUUUAAAUCCAGAACAUUCGACUAUCGUUAAUUGGUUUAAUUUGAACCUCUUGAUUGCAGACCAGUUGAUUUUCGUAGUGGGUCUUCAGGCCUUCACUUGCUUUGGUUGCUUUAUCUGAAAAGGGGUAAGACCAAGUUUAAUUUACAUUGAUUGUAUACUAUGAUAACUGUAGGGCAGCUAUGUACAUAGUGUCCUUCACAGACAGCUGUCCUACAUCACUAUCUAGCAUAACAUUGCAGGGCCAAUUUUUCUAAAUCAUACUGAUGAAAAAAAUCUUCUGGCUCUUUUCAUGCAAGAUUAUGUAAUUAUGCUUGAUCAUUGUCUACCCGCCAGGAAACUUCAAUGAUCACAGCUACAAACUUUCUGAAACUAUGAAAAUUUGACUUUUUUGACAGAUUUUUCCAGAAAUUCUAGAAUCUUACUUUCGACUAGCAUCAUCAAGUGGUGCCAUUACUACAUUUGACAACAUUUCAUGCGUACUUUCUUGUUUCGAUGGGUUUAUUCAUUGUUUCUCUCCCGGAUUGAUAAGAAGCAUUUUUCUUACCGUUUAUUCAGUACUACUUGAAGACAGGAGCUUGUAGAUUCGGAGCAACAUGCAAGUUUCAUCAUCCCAGAGACAAGGCUGGAAUUUCUCAGAAAGUUCAGUUAAAUAUUUUCGGUUUUCCCGUUCGUCCAGUAUGUUCUUCCUCUUGGUUUAAUCUCUCUUCAUUGGAUCAUUGAGAUUUAUUUCUCCAAAUUUCACUAAGUGAACCAGCUUUUUUAACAUUUAUCUGUAGAUAGGUUUGAUAAGUGUACUUAAAAACGAACUUAUAGGUCUAAAGUCUUACGACGAUCUGUUUUAUGAUGUCUUCUUGCAGAACGAAAAAGAUUGUGCAUAUUAUUUACGAACUGGACACUGUAAAUUUGGCAGUACUUGUAGAUUUCAUCAUCCACAGCCAUCUAAUGCUGUGGUGCCAAUACAUGGUUCUGUUUAUCCUACCGUACAUUCCCCAACAAGUCUAGGUCAGCAGUCUUAUCCAGGAGGAUUAACAAAUUGGCCUUUGUCAAGGGCCUCCUUCUUACCUGGCCCAAGUUGGCAAGACCCUUCAAGUUAUGCACGACUUAUUCUUCCUCAAGGGGUGGUUCAAGUUCCUAGCUGGAGUGCAUAUCCUGUAAGUCUCAUCCAAUUCUCGUUUUCUUGAAGUUUCCUUUUUGUGUACGGUUGGCUUCUAUUGCUAACUAAGUAUGGAAGUCAACGCUGGCUUAUUUCUUUCCACUGCCUCUCUGCUUGACUAUUUGAUUGGAGAAACGAACAUUUCUUCUCUCGGGAAACUUGUUAUUUGGUUUUUUUCCCCCUUUCGCUGGUAUCUAUUAUGUUUCUUAUCCUCUUGCGAAGUUCCAAUCACUGCUUACUGGUUCAAGUCUUAACGCGCAACAACCACUUUUACUCCACAUAUCAGUUUUUUCAGUGAGAAGGCUUGGAUGCAAAUAAUAUUCAUAGGAUCCGUUCGUUACUCGUUGAAUGAGGGCAACUCAUGUUCUUUGUUGUCUUUUGGAAGCUCAGUUAGCUUGUUAAUGCCAUGGAGUUGUGCAUGAUGAGUAUAGUGGGUGCUGAGCUCAUAUAUUUUGCUUUUGAUUGUGAUCUUUCACUUUAUAGCAUUUGACAUAUUUUUUAUUUGAGAAAAGUACAGAAUUACCGAUAUGUCAGUACAUAUUUUGCUUUUGGUUGUGCUAAUUUUUGGCAUGUUGAACAUGUGGGAUAUUCAUUGAGCGGCAGCUGGGUUCUGUUGCGCUUUCUGAGGGUCAACAGCAGCCAGCCGGAGGUGGUCAAUUGUAUGGGACUUCGAGACAAAGUGAAGCCACUAAUUCUGGAGUUCAUGGAUCAUUUCCUUCAUAUCAUUCUAUGGAGACGUUUGGUUCGCAGAUGGAGACUGUAUUUCCUGAGAGACCUGGUGAACUUGCGUGCCAGUACUACAUGAAGACUGGAGAUUGCAAAUUUGGUGCAUUGUGCCGGUUCCAUCAUCCUAGAGAAAGGCUUAGUCAUGUUCCUAACUGUAUGUUGAGUCCAUUGGGCCUUCCGUUGCGUCCAGUAAGUUAAUUAUUUGCGUUUAAUGUUAAAUCCUGCAAAUGCUCGAUAUUUUAUUUAUUAUUUUAUUUUGGUGUACCUUUAAAAUUAUUUUAUAGGUGGUGAUGAGAGAUGUGUUCUUGCAUCUUUAUGUAUUUUGAUUAUUUUUUUUUAUUGGUUUAAUGAAUGCCUUUUAAACAUCAUAUUUUAUAUAUUACACGAUGAGGACAGAGGCUCAAUCUAAUCUGUUUGACUCUUUUCCAAGUUACUGCGUUCUUGGUGGUUGUGAGGGACUUUCAUUUGGUUUUUCAGUCUAAGGAGCUAUACAAUCACAGUUUCUUCAAGCUUGAUGAAACUUUUUCGGGAAACACACUGGCAGUUUGUACUCCCUUCUCAAUCAAAAUGUGGGCUUGCUCGAUAAUCGAGAGACAUGCUUUAUCCAAUUUUCGUGUUGCUAGAUCACCGGAUUUCGUGUUGCCCAUCUAAUCACUCCCUUCUCAUUAAGUAUGAUUCUAGUUACUUUGAUGUGAUAACUUGGACGGAAGAAUCAAAUCCCAUGUCAAUAGUGGAUGGACAGUUUAUGGCAUUUAUCAUGCAGCGAACUUGUUUUUCAUUGACCUUGUUGAAACUCAUGCAAUAUGUAGGCACAGCCAUCAAAGACAUUAUUCACGGAUGGCACAAUUCAUCACUGAUAGAGUGAAUUGUCGAUUAUUCAUCAUUGAUAGUAUGUAAAAGUAAGUGUUUCAUCAAGCAAUUCUGUACAAGCAUGUUACCACAGAAUCAGCACGUGUGGUGCCCCCACUGUCAAUCUGUAGAUGUUUUAAUAUCUGAGACUUCAAACGAAUCAAGGUUUCAUGGAUAGGCUGAUGUAGACGUGCAGUACUCUAUGGUUGUUACAUUGAAAUGCAGAUUCUCUUCAGACAAAAAACAUAUAAUAAUGUUUUUUUUCUGAUUUUAUAUGAACUAAUUAUGUUUCACUUCUGAUUAAUUUCGAUGUUGCAUAAUCUUGCUGGCUGACUUUGAAGUGAGAGAGUUGACUUUGUUCCUUCCUUUAUUGUUGGACAGGGAGAGCCUACUUGCGUCUUCUACUCUCGUUAUGGUGUCUGCAAAUUUGGUCCAAACUGUAAGUUCGACCAUCCUAUGGGAGCCUUCAUGUAUGGACUUUCUUCACCAUCUUCAGCAGAUGUACCAGAUGUUCGACACCUACUGGGAUCUUCAGUGGUCUCCACGUUGCCAGAAUCCUCGUCGGAGUCCCCCGGUGAAAUGGGUCCAGGAAAGUCAAUGCAGCUCAUAUUAUCAGAACCCCGGCAGCUGUCUGCUGUUAGUGAGAACACCCAGGGAGAAGGAUCGCAUGUGGCUUCGAGUAUUGGGCCAAUCUCUUCUUUCGGAUAG